UGAAAGUUUCAAAUUCUAAUAUUCUUAUAUCUUUAGAUGCGACCUCGUUAUUUACAAAUAUUCCUCUGAAUCUAGCAUUGGAGAGUAUCAAAAAAAGAUGGUCACAUAUUAGAGAAGGUACUAACAUACCGAAAAAAGAAUUUUUAAUUGCCAUUGAAUUAAUUUUGUCAUCCACAUACUUUAACUUUAACAACGCUAUAUACAAACAAACUUUUGGUACUCCCAUGGGAUCUCCAUUAUCCCCAAUUAUAGCUGACAUGGUUAUGCAAGAUUUAGAGGAAACAAUUUUAGAAUCGAUUGGUUUCAAUUUGCCGUUCUAUUUUCGUUAUGUUGAUGACAUAAUUAUGUCGAUUCCACGUGACAAGGCUCAAUACAUCCUAGAUAAAUUUAAUAAUUACCAUGAUAGGCUUAAGUUUACAAUCGAAUAUGAAAAUGACCGUACGUUGAGUUUUUUAGAUCUAAAAUUACAUAUUAUUAAUGACACUAUCCACAUAGAUUGGUAUCACAAGGAUACAUUCUCUGGUAGAUAUCUAUCCUACUAUUCGAACCAUCCAGAGUGUCAUAAAAUUGGCACGAUAUACAGUUUAGUGGACAGGUCCAUACUAUUGUCCCACCCUAUAUUCCAAGCAAAGAACAUAAAAUUGUGUAUUAACAUACUAAUGAACAACGGUUAUCCUAUAGAUUUGAUCUUUAAGAGAAUUAACAUAAGAUUAAGGACAUUAUUCGAUGGUAAACUUAAACAGAACAAAAAUGCGAAUAGAGUUGACACUAAUGUUGAUGUUGAUAAUGACUCGGAAGAAAAUAGAAGGAAAAUUAUUGUUAUUCCGUUCAUUAACAACAUCUCUGAAAAAACAGCACAUCUUUUCGAUAAAAAAGAACAUAUAAUAGGGUAUAGAGUCCUCAACAAAUUGGACAAGUUUAUCAAAACACAUAAAGAUACCAAUGCAUUAUGCUCGAACAACAAUGUAAUUUAUAAAAUCAAAUGUAAUGAUUGCGACGCCUCUUACGUGGGGCAAACAAAGCGACAACUGAAAACAAGAAUCAACGAACACAAAAACAAUUAUAAAUUGGACCCAUCCAGACAUUCAGUCAUUACAGAACAUAUACUUAAUUUGAAUCAUAGUUUUAAUUGGAACAACCCGGAGAUUUUAGAUUUCGAAACGAAUUACUACAAGAGACUAAUAUCAGAGAUGAUAUACAUCAAAGAACAAAAAAAUGGUAUUAAUUCCAAUAAAGACACUGAAUUGCUGGAUGGUUCUUAUUUUAACAUCCUAAACGAACUUAGUAACAACUCAUAGGGAGUUAAACAUUGGUCUAUUUACAUCAUUGUUGUCAACCGAUUCCGACACGGAACGAAAAUGCUCAGUCACACACAAGAUUCGACACGAUACAGUUCUUUCUGAAAACUUUACUAACUCGAAUUUGCUAUGGUCUCAUUUACACUUUCAUCGUAAUUAUUGACUCUUGAUUGUGACGGACAAAAAAUCACAGAUUGACUCGAUUCGUUCUCACUGCCGACUGAGGAAUUAAUCAUGGAUUUUAUCAUUCGACGUUUAAUUAAGAUUGAUACACAACGAUUCCGAAUUUUUGUUCAGCAAGUAUACACCUUGUCAAUACUUUAAGGACUUCAUCAGUAUGUAAUAAUUUAGAUCUCAAUGUUAUCUGUAUGUUAAUUUCGAUGUGGAAAUUUGUUACUCUUGACACAUGAUUCGUGGCAUUUCAAUUAAUUGUUAAAAUUGGCUGAGGAAGGCACAGUGUUGCCGA